AUGGACGAUUAUUCGGAUUAUCUCACAAGCUUCACCGUGCGGCCGUAUCCUUACGGCGGAGAAGAUAAUGAUCCGUUUCCUUGCGCCGCCGCCUCUUCUGGACCGUCUAGGUCUAACGUUUAUGUCCGCUUCUCUCACCACAUCGACGACGAGGAAUUGUACGAGAUAGAGUCGCGAACCAUAUGCCUGAGCGAAGACGUGUUGGCGGAGGAAUCGGGAGACGACUGUCGGAGUUUCAUCGUCUCCGAAGGGCUGUGUUACUGGCCGAUUGACGCCGAAACCGUGCUUGACAUCGCCGACGAGGUGGUCAAGAAAGCGGUGCAGUUUAAGUGCAAUCUUCGGGUUGAGAUACGGUCGGUUAUACGAGGUUCCGACGACGACGCUCAAGAAACGUACGAGGAUGAUCGAGAUUCCGGCGCCGCCUCCUCCGGUGGCGGUUUGGAGGUGAAGUCGUUAAAGAGGAAGAGAAUAGCGUGCGAUGAGAGGGAUAGAUGUUGCGUUAUUUGCUUGGAGGUGUUAACGGCGGGGAUAGAUGUGGUGGGUGUUAUGCCGUGCAGCCAUUGCUCCUUUCACGACGACUGCCUCUCAUCUUGGCUCGAGAGAAGCCCUUCCUGCCCUCUCUGCCGUCGCAAGACCGCCGCCGCCGCCGCCGCGGCGUCGGAUUCUGGUUGUUAA